UGUUGGUGUAACGUAUACAUCGUAUCUGCGAACAUGUAUGAAAGCUUGCGAAGUUGAACCAUAAAGAGCACAAACAAAUCAAGAAUUCUGUAAAAUGUCAGAGGAAUUCUCGCAAGGGCGUUGUAAGGUGCAAAAGGGGGAUUCGAAGAUCAAAUUGAACCAACAUAAAACGAAUAAAGCAGGCGUAAAUACAGAGCCAGCAGCCACCAAGAAGAUGGACAUCCCGGAUUGUGCCGUCUGUCUUCAAACGUGCGUGCAUCCAGUUGAACUGCCCUGCAGUCACGUCUUCUGUUUUCUCUGCAUGAAGGGGGCCUCUACACAGUACAGGAGGUGCGCUCUCUGUAGGCAAGAGAUCCCCGUAGACUUCUUUAUGAGUCCAAAGCUUCUGCUUAAUCAGGACGAUGAAGAGGAAGUGGAAGAUGAAGUUGAGGAGUGCUAUACGUGGUUCUAUGAAGGUAGGAACGGAUGGUGGCAGUAUGAUGAAAGAACAGAUGCGGAGCUAGAAGAGAGCUAUCGUGCCAAUAAGAGGACAUUUGAGCUCUUGAUUGCAGGGUAUGUGUAUGUCAUUGACUUAGAUAGCAUGCUACAGUAUCGGAGAUCAGAUCCCUCUCGCAGGAGACGCAUCAAACGCGACCUGGUGAGCGCUGCCAAGAAGGGCAUUGCAGGGUUGAAGAUCAAGGUUAAGAGGGAUGAAGAUUCGGCAGAUAGGCGUGUUGUUGGAGCAGAAGAAGACAAGGAGAACGGGGGUGCAGUAGGUGGUGCAACUGCUCCCCCGGAAGACAAUGGUAUGGUCAAGGAUAAGGAUGAGUGUCCACAGGAUAGGACUGUUCCAUGUGAGAAGGAAGGGGUUGAAAGUGAUGAAAGUAUUCAGGGGAAGAGGGCAGUGAGCCCCAAUGCCAAUCACAGCAACUCUGCUGGCAAUGAGGCUGUCUAUGAGGUGGUGCGGAAUGCUUCACCCCGUACAAGUAGGACAGGGGAGGAGUCGUCUCCUACAUUCAGGUACACCAACCCUUCCCCAAGCAGCAAUACUGCACCUCCAACCUAUGCCAAACCGAUCCGUCAAAGAAGGAGACAUGCCAACGACCCUUCUCCAUCAGGUGCAAGUUCACAGACAGUAGCUGAUGCCCAAGAAGAUUCCUCUCUUGCCCAACAGCUGACGAUAAACCACCAGCGAACUCACUCUGCCCCAGAGUCACGCCCCUCCAGCCGCCCAAGGGGCCCCGCGCCUCAGGCCCCUCCCAGAGACCAAAGUAGCUAUCAAGCUACCAGUUCUACAGUUGCGCAAAGAACAGAUUCCAAUGUGGAGAGGGUCACUGAAACGUUACGUUCUGAAUUAGUUAUAAAUGUUGGAUCGAAUGUGGACACCUCCAGCUCAGGGGCAAGACGGCGACAGGUUCGCAGACAUGUGCAUGAAGUAUGAGAUGAUCAGGAACAGGAGUUCUGAACUGGAGCUGUAUAUUGUGAGUGUACACAUAUAUGUAGAUGAAGAUCGCACAUGAAACUGGAUGGAAGUUUAUCUUUAUAUUGACUACUUUAUGUACUGUACAUGACAUGUACUAGCUACUCCAAGCCUUUCCAGUGCUUGUCACUAUCAGAAGAUGUGCCUCAAUAUUGAUUUUCUUGUACUGUUGUCUGUUAAAAGAAUAUCUUAGAACUAGAUAUUUUCCCAUUUUUUCAGUUGCUUUUAUUAUUUCCAGGGACUGGUAUAGCCUACAGUGUUUUCUUGUUGUUGAUACAUAGCAUGCAUCUUUUCAGCAUGAUCUGACCAAUGUGAUAUGUUACACAUACAACUGAAAAAUACAUCUUAAUGAAAAAACACCCAUGGCCGCGUAACACAAAGUUUAGUGGUUUAUCGCUAAUCAAUCACCUAUCAAUGGUCAAUCUUGCAUGUGCAUAUUGCUCAGUGGACUGACUGGGAACCAAUCAGAAUUGUUCUUUCACAGUCAGACCGCAGGUCCCUAUGUUAAUGAGCAAAAAGGCCAGAUUCAUCCA